AUUUCCAGAAUUCGUCGGCCGAGGAUGCUUCGGACGUGGGUUGCCAUGCUGGCUGUCGGUGUCGUCGCGGCGAUGACCAGCGACCGCGAGACGUGGACCAACUGGGACACGCGCCAGGUGUGCCAUCCCGCAGUGCAUGCGCGCCCGUCGAGCCUGCCCGAGCUGCAGGCGAUCGUGGCCAAAGCCAGCCGCGUCCGCGUCGCCGGCGCCGGGCACUCGUUCUCGCCCAUCGUAUUGACGAACGAGACGCUCAUCACGCUGGAGAACUACGCAAGCCUUCUCGAGCUCACGCAAGACACGAUCACGGUCCAGGCAGGCAUGCCACUCCACGUCAUCAACGAGAUCCUCGCGUCGCACAAGCGCGCCUUGCCCAACGCCGGCGCUGUCGCCGUCCAGACCGCCGCGGGCGCGACGGCGACGGCGACGCAUGGCACGGGCAACACAGGGUCCAUCUCGACGGGGAUCGUGGCCAUGGACAUCGUGGUCGCCAACGGGUCGGUCGUCCACAUUGACGGCGGCGGCCUCCUCAACGCGGCGCGCGUCGCCAUGGGCACGCUCGGCGUCGUGAGCGCCAUUACGUUCGAGCACAUUCCGCUCUGGCACAUGGAGCAGAUCACGUUCAACAUGCCUCAUGAUGAAUUCCUCUUUGAUUUGCGCAAGCUCCAAGCGGCUUUUCCGCGGCUGCAGUGGUACAUGGCGAACCUCCCGCACGACAAGACCGUCACAGUUAUUCUGCGAGUCAACACGACCGCGCCCAUCACGACGGGCUGCUGGAACGGCUCGAUGGCGUCAACGCCGUCGACGCCGCCGCCGCUCACAUGGUCGUCCUGGCCUGAGAACACAACGUCGUGCAUUGACGUGAGCUACAAAACGCUCGGGCGCGUCGGCGAGAACAACACCAAGCUCUUUACCGAGAUGGAAAUGAUGAUCCCGGCCGAACACGACCUCGACGGGCUCGCUCGCAUGCUCGAGCUCCACGCCAACCUCGCGCCGGCCCACGACCCGUCCAUUCCUAUUUUUCUCGGUGUGCGCUACGUGCAAGCCGACGCGAUUUGGCUCUCUCCGUUCUACGGUCGCCACACCGCAGUCUUUUCGACCAUUGUGUAUGCCAACGCCAGCAAUGCAGCCAAUGUCUCGACAACGCUUCUCGCGUACCACCACGGCAUGCAGAACGUCCUCUCCAGCAACUUUGGCGCGCGGCCGCACCUCGGCAAGGUCAACUACUUUGACGCAGCCAUGAUGCGCAAGGUCUACCCGCGCUUUGACAACUUUGCGCAGCUCCAAGCGAAAUGGGACCCGACAGGCAAGUUCCUCAACCCGUACACGUCGCGCCUCUUGGUGCUGCCCAUGACAACGUCGUCGGGGCUCCUCUGGCCACUCGCGGUGCUCGCUGGCAUCGUGCUUGUCGGUAUGGGCAGCGUCUGGCUCCAGCAAGCGCGCCGCAAGACGGGCUACCAAGCCGUGGCCUAGUUGUGCGCCAUGUGGUAGCCAAUGGACAAUAUUGUCUUUUUGUGUGUGGU